AUGGCUUCAAUUCCUCCGCAUAUCGAUCCUCUAUCUUCUACCUUACUCCGUUCUGCAACCACUUCCGUCCCCGCCACCGCCUUCUUCCACCGUCAUAUGCCGUGUCUAACCUCAUCUCCUCCGGUGCUCACCGCUAGGCUUUCUACUCCUUGCCGCCUUACAUAUCCUCGCAGACCAUCGCUCAUCGUUGCUGCAGCUACCACUUUGAUGUCCAAUUCCGUGCAGGCUGGAGGGAUUAAAGAUGGUGAAAUGAAGAGGACUUUUAAUAUGGGAAUUGGGAUGGUUUUGGUUGUUAGUAAAGAGGUUUCUGAAAGGGUGGUUAAGGAAUGUGAGAUGGUGUAUCGUAUUGGUGAAGUCUUUUCAGGGGCAAAAGUGGAAUCCACUUUUUUUGAAGGUCUUGAACCUUCACAAACAAUGAUUCGACACUUAGUAGAAAUGGAGAUUGAUCAUAUAAACACAUCACAUCCGAAUUUUAUUGGAGGAAAUCAAGUAGUGGAGGUUGCUUCACAUCAAGUUAGGUCAUGUAGGAUGGGUUCAACAACACCUAGGACAAGGUGUAUUUAUUCCAAAUUCCCCACGUACAAAGAAGAAGAAGAUCAGCUAAUGUUCAAGUCAUUACUUGCCAUCUACACCUGGUGGACAACAACCAAUUUUUUGACAUGGAGGAUUUUUUUUUAA